GUUUGUUUGUUUGUGCUGCAUGCAUACCUACCGUUAAUGUUUACUAAUAUCAUUACGUGAAUAUUUUAAUAGAAACAUUUAAAACAUGCCAUUUGAAAUAUUAGAAAUACGACAAUGAAGUCCUUUAAACUCAUUGUACAUCAGUCUAGUUUUAGCCCCGAAGAUUUGAUAAUCAACUUGAAAGACUAUCCAGGGUUAAAGGAAAAAGAUAUAGUCGAAAUUUAUCAUCCCGAAAAUGACUACCCCCGAUUAUUACUACAAGUUACAAAAGUGGACGCCCCCGGACGCGGCAGAGACACAAUUAGUGUGGAACAAAGUAUUGCUACCACUUUCCAACUCCGAACGUUUGCGGAUGUCUAUGUAAAUAUAGUCAAUGUGCAAGAUGUGGCUUUGGAUUCAGUGGAAUUAACAUUCAAAGACCAAUAUCUCGGAAGAUCCGAAAUGUGGAGACUUAAAAAUCACCUAGUAAGCACCUGCGUUUAUUUAAACAAGAAGAUAGAAUAUUGUGGUGGUGCAAUUAGAUGUCAAGUAUAUGAAAUGUGGUCACAAGGGGACAGAGUUGCUUGUGGGGUAAUCACUGAAGACACAAAAAUAGUGUUCAGAUCAUCAACUUCAAUGGUCUACCUCUUCAUUCAAAUGUCUUCUGAAAUGUGGGAUUUUGACAUCCAUGGUGAUCUGUACUUUGAAAAGGCAGUUAAUGGUUUCCUCGCUGAUUUGUUUGCCAAAUGGAAGAAAAACGGCAGUAAUCAUGAAGUAACCAUAGUUCUCUUUUCAAGAACUUUUUAUAAAGCUAAGUCUUUAGAAGAAUUUCCUCAGCAUAUGCAAGAGUGCUUGCAAAAAGAUUACAGGGGGAGAUUUUAUGAAGACUUUUACAGGGUUGCAGUACAAAAUGAGAGAUAUGAAGACUGGUCAAAUGUUUUACUACAAUUAAGAAGACUCUUUACUGAUUAUCAAAAGAUUGUGCUUCAGUACCAUGAAAGGCCUAACAUGGACAUACCCACAGCAAUAAACUCCACUGCUGCACAAGGAAAUUUCCUAGAAGUGCUUAACAUGAGUUUGAAUGUAUUCGAAAAACAUUACCUGGAUAGAUGUUUCGACAGAACGGGGCAGCUGAGUGUGGUAAUAACCCCAGGAGUAGGUGUAUUUGAAGUUGACAGAGAACUGACUAAUGUUACAAAACAAAGAAUCAUUGAUAAUGGUGUUGGCAGUGACUUAGUUUGUGUAGGAGAACAACCUCUGCAUGCUGUGCCUUUACUAAAGUUCCACAAUAAAGACAAUAAUUUGAAUUCAAUUGAUGAUUAUUCGAUGCCGCAUUGGAUUAAUCUAUCAUUUUAUUCUACAAAUAAAAAAGUGGCUUAUUCAAAUUUCAUACCAAGAAUUAAAUUGCCUCCACGAAAGAGCCAAGAACCAUUACGUAAAAUGUAUGAAGAUGAGAGGAAAGGUAAAUUGUUGAAAGAAGAUGAAUGUAUGCACAAUUCUAUAUUUGAUUAUGAUGCAUACGACGCGCAAGUUUUUCAGUUACCCCCCGCUCACAGCACACGUGUGCAAAGGGUCGCCAGGACUAAGAAAACUUCUGUGGCGGGUUUAGAAGGCCUAAAUCGUAGGAGCCCUCCAGCUUCUACUUUGCAUCACAGAAAAAUGUCGGAUCCGGAUAUCCAUCAUAGCCUUGGAGAUCUUUUGACUUCUGGAAACAAGUCCGCAGGCUACGACGCGGGCAGUGACACAACGGACUCGCCGAUGUCGACGAACCGACUCUCGCCGCGCAGUUCGAUAUCUUCAAUCAAGCCCGUUAUCAGGACGGGCAGGGCACUCAUCAACCCCUUCGAUCCCUCGCAUGUCACUGUCAAACUGACCAGUAACCGUCGAAGGUGGACGCAUAUAUUUCCGAAAGGUCCAACUGGCGUAUUGAUACAGCAACAUCACUACCAGGCCCGUCCCGCUGGCGAGCCGGCCCGCAACGAAGAACAUCGCUGCGAAAGUAACACACCAAAGGAUAAUGGUUCCUCGAUAUUAAACAACAACCAUUCUAUAUAUCAGGUUGACGGCAACAUUAUGUCGCGGAAACGCAUGAUAAGUGCGUCAGGAACGUUAGCCGUGCUCGGCGUGUCCGGGGGGACUCCCUCCACGACUAACAACGCGUCGCUCGCGCUGCUGUGGGGGGCUACGGGCGAACAAGAGUGGACCCCCGCUCUGACGACAGCGAACCGCGCCAUAGGGGUCGACUGGAAGUCACUGACCAUACCUGCCUGCCUUCCGAUCACUACGGACUACUUUCCCGACAAGAGAUCACUUCAAAACGAUUAUCUAGUAUCGGAUUAUAAUCUGUUACCGGACGACGUGAACGCCGAUUUCGCACAGAACCGAGCUAUAUACAAAGAUCCCCUGACCACAAUGGAAGUAUUCAAGGAGUUGGUCUCACAAAGAUUAGCUCAGGGUUUCCAGCUGAUUGUGGGAGUUAACGAGAAUGAAGUAAUCGAAUCUCACUGUGCGUCAACGGCUACUCCCCCACCAUCCAAAGUGGCGCCACAGUGCGGGAAACCAGCCAACGCAGCACCCACCAAGCGUUACCUGCUCUCGAUUGGGAGGAUCUUCCACAAACUUACGCUGGUCGGUUCCACCAUCACCGUCACUAGAUACAGACCCAGACAUCCGUAUCCGCCAUUCAAUAUACACUACCGUUAUCGUUUCCACGCACCGAACCACGACACGUACGAGGUGUCGUGGGUUUCGUUCACGACAGAAAAACUGGAAACUUACUACUGGAACUACAUGGACCAUUAUAUUUGUACGCGCGGCGACAGUGAUUUCGCACUAGUUGAGCCUCUGAAAUACUGGCGGUUCCGGACUCUACUAUUGCCUCUCUACAAUCCGGCAACGAAACAAAUUCUCGAAGACGAUUCGACCCACUGCGACAUAUAUCCAACUCCGACGCGUCAUGAUUUGGACCAACUAACCGAUAAUUUCCUCAAAAUGACCGAAUUGUAUUUCAAUAAAGUCAAAAGGCCAAACAAACAGAGGAUGGCGGGCGCGGGCUGCGGCGCUAGCGACGCGGCACUCACGCGGCGCCGACACUCCACCUCCAUCCUCACGCGGAGCGCACAGGCAGGGGUAUCGAGCUCUCCAUUCAGAGAGCGCGUUGGCAGCACCCGGCUACCUGACCGGCCUCGCCUCCGGAUGGAAGCUAUGGCGACGAAAGCAGUGCUAGAAAGGACGCAAUCCCAAACCGGAGAAGCGGAUGACACUUAUGAUGACGGAGUUUCAGAACCGAAACUGAAAGCGAACGCGCCAUUGUCGGAUGUCGUAGAUAGAAUGCGACACCCGACUCUGGGCUUGGGUUUCCUACAACAGACGGUCAGUUUGCCCUCGCAUACAUUCGUCUCGAUAUACGCCAUACAUUGGCUCCAAGAAAACAUGGAGGGAAUGGAUUAUGAAAAGGCUGCCAGUCUUAUGGAGCGAUUAUUGAAUGAGAAAAUGAUUUGUCAUGCUUCAGGCGACACCACGAAACGUUUCGUUGUCGGAUACUACAUGUAUCACAUACUACCACAAAAGAAAGAUAAAGAAUUACCAGACUACGUGAAGCCCCUAGGAGACCUCCAGAGCUUCGAAAACGAAUGGAUGGAAGUUGAGGUACUGGGGCCGCGUUCGCCGCUCAUACAAGUGGACAAAGCGAGCGGCGCCAUAGAUAUAUCUGGUUCUAGUCCUCUGGCCGACGACACGGGCGUUCCCGCCUUCCUGUGCGAUAACAUUGAUCCAAACUACAUGCAAAUAGACAGCGACAGCGAAAUACCCUUGUACAAGAAAACCCACCUAGAUAUAGAUGUGAAUAAUAAAAGCGACCGGAUCGAAUGGGGCCACGCACGAUAUCAAGCCACGUUCCGACCGGACCAAGCCUUCGAAAUGUGCAUACAGUGGACAGUCGCCAGCGGGAACAUUGUUGCCGAACUGAUAUUCGGAUGGGCUCGUAAAGCCUCGUCCAACUGUAAGCUACAAAUGGUGCCUAUUCCUGCGGACCCCCUCGCUUUACCAUUCACCCUCAAAUCAGACCCGUUGCGAGGUCCGAUUUACAUUCCUAUGAACGUAGAACCAUUGUUGAGAAAUAAGACUGUUUUGUUUGAAGGCUUCCCGGAAGAGACAUGGCUCCAGCGUUUGUUCCUAUUCCAAGAGGCCAUAGUGGGUCGUUUCGGCUUCGUGAAGUGCACGGUCGAGAGCACGUCGCACGAGUGGGAGCGCGGCACGCCCCGCGGCUCGCCCACCGGGGACCACCUCUACGUGCACGUGACCGGGAACAUGUUCAUACUCAUACCGACGACGGUCAAGUCCGAGCAGAAGUCGUCGAAGGUCAAGCCGCCGAACAGAACGCUGUGUAACAAGUACCCUGUGCCGACAGAAGUGGCGAACAGUCCUCAUGAAGCCUAUAUUUCUCGACAUGUCGGGUACAAAACGAACGACUACAAUAAUAGCAGACGGAUGGGAUUUUUGUGGUCUUGGAAUCACAUGAUUUCAAAGAAAUGGAAGGGUUCACAAACACCAGCCACAGGAGAUGAAGGUUUCCAAAUGCGAAUGCUAAGGGAUUUCAAACAUUUCUGUGCCAAUCAGGAACAGAGGCUUAGUCAAUUUUGGGAUCACUGCUGGGAACUAAAGGACAAAUCCCGAGGAAUGACAUCUUGUUAAUCUUAAUUUUUGUAUUACAUAAUGAAGUAUACUUUAUUUUAAAAUAUAACUAUUUCUU